AUGGCAGUUUUCAACCUCAUCCCUUCUGACCCUUCAACAUUCAUCCUAACAGGCAUCCCUGGCCUGGAAGCUGCCCACGUCUGGAUUUCCAUCCCUUUCUCUACGUCCUACAUUAUCGGCCUUUUGGGAAAUUUCAUAGUUCUGUUUGUUGUAGGCAAAGAGGAGACCCUACACAAGCCGAUGUACCUGCUGCUCUGCAUGCUGGCGCUCACAGACAUCGGCAUGUCUACCUCCAUUGUGCCAAAGGCACUGUGUAUAUUUUGGUUCAAUUUGAAAGGCAUUACUGUGGGUGGCUGCCUCACCCAGACAUUCUUCCUUCACGCAGGUGCUAUGAUGAACUCAGCCGUCCUCGUGACAAUGGCCUACGAUCGCUAUGUUGCCAUAUGUGACCCUCUGAGAUAUGCCACUAUCCUCACCAAUGCACGAAUAUCUAAGCUGGUGCUAGUGGGUUUGUUGCGAGCUGUUCUCUUCGUUCUGCCCCUGCCCCUUCUCCUGAGCAGGCUCCCAUACUGUGGCAACCGCUUUAUCCCCCACACUUACUGUGAGCACAUAGCUGUAGCGAAGAUAUCAUGUGGGGACAUCUCAGUUAACAGGACAUACGCCUUGGUGAUAACAUUGGUAGUCCUCGCAUUAGACCUGACGCUCAUUGCCCUAUCCUAUGGUCUGAUCAUCAGGGCUGUCCUAAGAAUGUCCUCCAAGGAAGCCCACCAAAAAGCCCUCAACACCUGCACAGCCCACAUCUGUGUGAUGCUGACAUCUUAUAUUCCCUUCCUCUUCUCCCACAUGACCCACCGGUUCGGUCAGGGCAUCACUCCCUACGUUCACAUCAUCUUGGCCAACCUCUAUUUCCUCAUCCCCCCCAUGCUCAACCCUAUCAUUUAUGGGGUCAAAUCCAAAGAGCUUCGUGACAAUGUGGGCAAAUACACCUGCAGAAUGUGA